CUGAGUCUAUGUCUGACUUUAAUCACAGUUAAAGACAAACAAUACUUGACUUCAAAUAGUUUUCAGUUUUCAAACAAUCGUUUAAAGCCUUCAAACAAAUACUGCAAUCAUUUGUUUCUCUUUAAUGACAAGUCUUUUCCGCUUAAUUGCAGCCAAAAUGUCCGCAAAUUCUGACCAAACGCUCGAAGACAGCCAGAGCUCAGAGACUGUGACUUCCGAUAAACCGAUUUUUACAAUAAACACUUGUCCCGACUCUGCGGACGAUCAGUUGGGAAACGAAGAAGACUACGAAUCGACUCAUAAUUCGUUGACUAUUGAGACGAUGGAUUCGAAGCGUUUCCAUCGUCAGACGCGACAAUUGCGACAAUCAAUGUCUGGAAUUCAUUUAUCACUUCAAGAUCGCGACCGACAGGAUCUGACAAUCGCGACUCCCGAAGAGUUCAUUAAACGUUUUGGCGGAACAAAAGUCAUAAAUAAGAUUCUGAUUGCGAACAACGGAAUCGCGGCCGUCAAAUGCAUGCGAAGUAUCCGCCGAUGGUGUUAUGAAAUCUUCCGCAACGAACGCGCCAUUCGUUUCGUUGUUAUGGUCACUCCCGAGGAUCUCAAGGCCAACGCCGAAUAUAUCCGAAUGGCCGACCAUUACGUGCCGGUUGCCGGUGGAACCAAUAACAACAAUUACGCGAAUGUCGAACUAAUCGUCGAUAUCGCCAAACGAAUGAAAGUCCAGGCCGUGUGGGCGGGGUGGGGCCACGCCUCCGAAUACCCGAAAUUACCGGAACUGUUGGGUAAAGCGGGAAUUGCUUUCAUGGGACCACCGCAUCUCGCCAUGUGGGCUCUGGGCGACAAAAUCGCGUCUUCCAUUGUGGCGCAAACGGCGAAAGUGCCGACUCUUCCGUGGUCAGGUUCGGGUUUGGUGUGCGCUGAUUGGACGGACGGAAAGACAUUCAAAAUCGCUCCCGAUCUCUACCGAAAGGGAUGCGUUCAUGACGUCAACGAAGGACUGACUGCCGCUCAACAAAUCGGAUUUCCGGUUAUGAUUAAGGCUUCGGAGGGCGGGGGCGGGAAGGGCAUUCGGAAAAGCGAAUGUGCGGACGAUUUCCCGCAAAUGUUUCGACAAGUUCAGUCGGAAGUUCCCGGAUCUCCCAUCUUCGUCAUGAAACUGGCCAAAUGUGCGCGACAUCUUGAAGUCCAACUAUUGGCCGAUCAAUACGGAAACGCGAUUUCUUUGUUUGGAAGAGAUUGUUCUAUUCAAAGAAGACAUCAGAAGAUCAUAGAAGAAGCCCCGUGUAUUAUAGCCGAAGAAGACACGUUUGCUCAGAUGGAAGCCGCAGCCGUGCGUUUGGCCAAAAUGGUGGGUUACGUGUCGACGGGAACCGUUGAGUAUUUGUAUGAUCCGAACGAACAAAAGUUUUAUUUUCUUGAACUGAAUCCUCGGCUUCAAGUCGAACAUCCGUGUACUGAAAUGGUGUCCGAUGUCAAUCUGCCCGCCUGUCAACUCCAGAUCGCAAUGGGUUUACGUCUUAAUCGCAUCAAAGAAAUCCGUCUUCUUUACGGCGAGAGUGCGUGGGGCGACACUAACAUCGACUUCACUAAAGGAAGGGCUCAACCCUGGGGUCACGUGAUUGCCGCUCGAAUUACUUCUGAAAAUCCGGACGAAGGGUUCAAACCGUCUUCUGGAACCGUUCAAGAGCUGAACUUUAGAAGCAGUAAAAACGUUUGGGGCUAUUUUUCGGUGGGCGCCUCCGGAGGUCUUCACGAAUUUGCCGAUUCUCAGUUCGGACACUGUUUUUCGUGGGGAGAAGACAGAGAAGAAGCACGAGAAAGCCUUGUUCUGGCGCUUAAGGAACUGUCGAUUAGAGGAGACUUUAGAACUACUGUCGAGUAUUUGAUUACUCUUUUGGAAACAGAAGACUUCCAGAAGAAUGAGAUCAACACGGGAUGGUUGGAUCAGUUGAUUGCCGAGCGUGUUCAGUCGGGAAAGCCGAAGACGUCGUUGGCUCUGAUCUGUGGUUGUAUUCAUGUUGUGGAUUCGCAACAACAGUACAAUUGGCAACAUUUCCAAUCGAGUCUUCAGAAAGGACAGAUUCUUCCCGCAAAUACUCUUUCAAACACUCAAAACGUCGAACUUAUCUACGAAGGCGUCAAAUAUGUGGUCAAUGUCACCAAAUCCGGACAAAACUCUUACUUUCUCGUUAUGAACAACACUAGCAAAGAGGUCGAAGUUCACCGAAUGUCAGAUUCGGGUCUUUUGCUUUCCGUCGAUCAUUCUUCUCAUACCACUUAUAUGAAGGAAGAAGUGGACAGAUAUCGGGUUGUUAUCGGCAAUCAGACGUGUGUUUUCGACAAGGAGAACGAUCCGACGAUUUUGAGAUCUCCUUCGACGGGAAAAUUGUUGCAAUUUCUGGUGGAAGACGGAACUCAUGUCUAUUCGGGUCAAGCGUAUGCUGAGAUCGAAGUCAUGAAAAUGGUUAUGACUCUUACCACUCAAGAGUCCGGAAUUGUAAAUCAUAUCAAACGUGCCGGUGCUGUUCUCGAAGCCGGUUCAGUGCUGGCCCGUCUUGAUCUGGACGACCCGACGCGUGUUCAUCGAGCCGAACUCUUUACGAACGGUUUUGACGCCAUUGAAGCCGAAAAAUUAGAAGAAUCGGGAAAUUCGUCGACCAAUUCGUCGAUAAUUGACACGCAUUUAUCGCCGACUGAAGUCAAACUCAACGUUGGAUUCAAUGUCGCAAAAACACAUUUGGAUAACAUUUUGGCCGGUUAUGGUCUUCAGGACCCGUUUUUCGGCCAAAACAUGAACUUUUUUGUCGAGCAGUUUAUGGAAUGUCUUCGCGAUCCACGACUGCCUCUUCUGGAACUUCAGGACAUUAUAUCGUCGACUUCGGGACGCAUUCCGGCUCAAGUGGAGAAAUCCAUCCGCAAAUUGAUGAACAAUUACUCGAGUAAUAUAACUGCAAUUUUGGCCGCUUUUCCGUCGCAACAAAUCGCGGCUGUUAUCGACUCUUACGCGGCUACUCUUCAGAAACGCGCCGAUCGCGACGUGUUUUUCCUCAACACUCAGGGAAUCGUUCAAUUGGUUCAGAGAUAUCGAAACGGAAUUCGCGGACGAAUGAGAUCUUGUGUUCAGGAAUUGCUUCGGAAUUACAUUGAAGUCGAGCAUCACUUCCAAUUAGGACAUUACGACAAAUGUGUUUCGCAAUUGAGAGAGAAGUAUAAAGACGAAGGAAUGGCAACUGUUGUCCAGAAAAUCUUCUCUCAUUUGUCGGUAAAUAAGAAGAAUCUAUUGAUAAUCAAAUUAAUAGAUCAUUUAUGUGGACACGAACCCGGAAUUACUGACGAAUUGUCGUCAAUUCUCAACGCAUUGACUGUUCUGAACAAAGCCGAAAAUGCAAAAGUGGCUCUUCGGGCGCGUCAAGUGCUCAUUUCCGCCCAUCAGCCGCCUUUCGCUUUAAGACACAAUCAAAUGGAAUCCAUUUUCUUGUCUGCAAUCGAUAUCUAUUCUCACGAAUUCGAACCCAAUGUCUUAAACAAACUGAUUCUCAGCGAAACCUCGAUUUUCGAUGUUCUUCAUCAGUUCUUUUAUCACAUGAAUGUCGUCGUCCGUCGUGCAGCUCUCGAAGUAUACGUCCGUCGCGCUUACAUUUCCUAUGAAAUGGUUUCUCUUCAACAUCUUGUAAUCGGAGGAUCGGAACGACAUUCCAUCGAAUCUUUGUACUCCAAGUCUUCGCCACCUGUUGCUCGAGACUCUUCUAUUCCGUGCGCCGUUUACCACUUUAUUCUUCCGUCUUCGCAUCCGUCGAUUGUGGCCAACACUGCGGCCAAUAACACGACAACAAACAGUCCGUCGAUUGCCGUGACCUCCGAGUGUUCGGAAGAGAACCAAAUGGUUUCGUUUUCCAACUAUAGAGUUGGAUUAAUCGCUGCUUUCAAUACAAUGGAAAACAUGGAAACGCAUUUCGAAGAAUUGAUUGAAAUCUUGCGUCAAUCGGAGGAAGAGAUCAAUGUUGACAAUCAAUGGCAACAAUCAUUGGCCGGAGAUGUCUCUGUUUCUCCUCCCAACAGACAAAGAAGUGGAUCUCUUUUGGUGGCCCGCGAAAGAGCGCAAUCCCUGUCUAUUCAGGCACUUAUUGAAGACGUGGAACCGAUUUAUAUCAUAAAUAUAUGCAUAAAAAGCGAUGGAAGUGAAGACUCUGUUCUGACUAAACGUUUCCAACAGUUUUGUCAUUCGCGAAGAGCAGAUCUCGAGAAGCAGUCUAUACGUAGAGUGACUUUUAUUGUUUGCGAUAAAUAUCGGUUUCCGCGGUAUUUCACGUAUCGUUAUCGCAACGGAUAUAUCGAAGACACUAUUUAUCGACAUCUGGAACCGGCUCUUGCCUUUCAAUUGGAAAUCAAUCGCUUGAGAAACUAUGACUUGGAAGCCAUUCCGACCGCUUCUCAGAAAAUGCAUUUAUAUCUGGGAAAAGCAAAAGUCAUGGCUCCGGGACAACAAGUGUCUGAUUUUCGAUUCUUUGUUCGAACCAUUAUUCGUCACUCUGACCUCAUCACUAAAGAGGCUUCUUAUGAGUUCCUCCAAAACGAAGGCGAACGUUUGCUUUUGGAGGCAAUGGACGAAUUGGAAGUCGCUUUCACUCACUCUUUGGCGCCAAAGACUGAUUGUAAUCACAUUUUUCUGAAUUUUGUUCCUAAAGUGACGAUGGAUCCGACGAAGAUAGCGGAAAAUGUCAGAAAUAUGGUUAUGCGUUACGGACCAAGACUUUGGAAACUUCGGGUUUUGCAGGCAGAGAUCCGAAUGAUUAUUCGGUCGACGCCUACUUCCAAGUGCACGCCUUUCCGUCUUCUGUUGGCCAACGAGUCGGGCUAUUAUCUGGAUAUGCAUCUCUACAAGGAAGUGCUUGAUCCCGUGUCCGGCGCCAUGAAGUUCGAGGCGUGGGCUGGCACGGGUAAACCCGGUCCUCUUCACGACUUGACAAUUUCGACGCCUUAUAUGACAAAAGACUAUUUGCAAUUGAAGCGGUUCCAGGCGCAGAGCAACGGAACAACUUACAUUUACGACUUUCCCGACAUGUUUCAGGCGGCUCUGGUCAAACUGUGGGAAGACUAUCUCGAAUGCAGACCCGAACUAGAAAUGCCGGCUCAAGUGAUGCAAUGUAUGGAACUGGUCAUUGACCCGACAAAUCCGACCCGAAUGAUUGAAAUGAAACGCGUCCACGGAGAAAACGAUUGCGGAAUGUGCGCCUGGAGAAUGACACUCUUUACUCCCGAAUAUCCCGACGGACGCGAUAUUAUUGUCAUCGGAAACGACAUCACGCAUCUGUUGGGCGUUUUUGGUCCCAAAGAAGAUCUGGUCUUCCAAAAGGCAUCUGAAAGAGCUCGAGCUAUGGGUGUUCCGCGAAUCUAUUUGUCGGCCAAUUCGGGUGCGCGAAUCGGUUUGGCCGAAGAGGUCAAAGGUCACUUUCAAGUCGCGUGGAUCGACGAAACAAAUCCCGACAAAGGCUUCAAAUACUUAUAUUUAACUCCAGAACAAUACAAACGCGUCGCCGAUUCGGUAAAAGUCGAGCUUAUUGUUGAAGACGAGGAAACGCGAUACAGAAUCACAGAUAUCAUUGGUCAGGGAGAAGGACUGGGAGUUGAGAACCUCAAGUUUGCCGGAAUGAUCGCCGGAGAGUCGUCGCAGGCUUACAACGAGAUUGUGACCAUAACAAUGGUCACGUGUCGUGCUAUUGGAAUCGGUUCUUAUUUGGCGCGUCUUUCGCAACGAGUCAUUCAAGUGGACAAUUCGCAUAUUAUUCUGACGGGUGCCGGUGCUCUCAACAAACUGCUCGGACGUGAAGUCUACACAUCCAACAAUCAAUUGGGCGGAAUUCAAAUCAUGUUCGCCAACGGAGUGUCACACACCACUUCCCAAGACGAUCUCGAUGGCGUCACUACUAUUCUUCGAUGGCUGUCAUACGUUCCCUCUCAACGAUUCGCUCCUUUGCCGUGUAUCGAGUCUUUGGAUCCAAUUGACCGCGAAGUUGUUUUUACGCCCACUUCUUCGCCAUACGACCCGCGAUGGAUGUUGGCCGGAAGAGAGAAUGCACAGGGAGUCUGGGAGGACGGGUUCUUUGACCGCGGAUCGUGGCAGGAGAUAUUGAGUGGUUGGGCUCUGACAGUUGUGACGGGAAGAGCGCGUUUGGGCGGAAUUCCGGUCGGAGUGAUUGCCGUCGAGACAAGAACCAUCGAAUUGAUAAUUCCAGCUGAUCCGGCCAAUCUCGACUCAGAGGCCAAAGUGAUGUCUCAGGCGGGACAGGUUUGGUUUCCCGAUUCGGCUUAUAAGACGGCUCAAGCGAUUAAGGAUUUUUCACGCGAAGAUCUUCCGCUAAUUAUUUUCGCCAAUUGGAGAGGAUUUUCCGGCGGAAUGAAAGACAUGUACGAUCAGGUCUUGAAAUUCGGCGCUUAUAUUGUCGACGCUUUGCAUGAAUACAAACAACCGAUUGUCGUUUACAUUCCGCCGUUUGCCGAACUGCGAGGCGGCGCGUGGGCUGUUGUCGACACAACAAUCAAUCCUCGACAUAUGAAUAUGUUUGCCGAUCCGGAUGGACGUGGAGGAGUUCUGGAGCCCGAAGGAACGGUCGAAAUUCGAUUCCGACAAAAGGAUUUGAUUAAAACAAUGCACAGAUGUGACAAUGGAUGCAAAGAUCUCUUAAGUAAACAAAAAGACAAACAAUUAAUCCGAGUUUUAAUUAUUGAGUCUUCAGUUAAGAUCAAUGAAAGCAAUUCCGCGGACGAAAAGAAGCGACUGGAGGGACAACUGCAGGAAAGAGAGACGUCUUUGUUGGGAAUGUACCAUCAGGUGGCCCUCACCUUCGCCGAUCUUCACGACACUCCGGCGCGAAUGUAUGAAAAGGGUUGUAUCUGUGACGUCGUUCAGUGGACUAAAUCACGACAAUAUUUCUAUUGGCAUUUGCGUCGCGCGCUUUACGAAGACAGAGUCAUCGAUGAGAUUCAAGCAGUUGUUCAGAAUAAGAAUGAAUUGGAGGUCAAGUCUAUGAUCCGUCGGUGGUUUAGUGAACACGUCGGACAACACAAUCAACAUCUCUGGGAUGACGACAAUCGCUCAGUCGCUGAAUGGUUGGCUUCUCAGUUGGAAAGCAAUUCCUCAACAGUUUUAGAAAACAUUCGAUGCAUUCAAAGAGAUGCUCUGACGCGACAAAUCGUCGGCUUUUAUAACGACUAUCCUUCCGCUACUUUAGACUCUUUAGUCCAUUUGAUUCAGUCGGGAAUGAAUCAACAACAAAGAGAUGACCUCUUGGCCACUCUUGUGUCACUCGAAUCUCAAACACCAAAAACAGACGCCACGGAUAGCGCGGACAAGAGUUCCUGCGAUGAACUGUCCGUUAAAGAGGAAAGUAUUUAGAAAUAAAUGAAUGCUUUAUAUACUUAGCAAUCGUUAUAUAUUUUUAUAUUUUGUUGAAUUUUCUAAUUUUAAUAAUACAUUCCAAAUCAUAUCAAUAAAUGUAUUUUUUAUUUAUUUUUGAUACACUUUCUGAACAAAUUU